UUUUUAGAAGCCAGAACAAAUCACUUUACGGCCGUGUUUUCGACUGCCGUAAAGCGGAGGAAGGUUAAAUCCGCUCGGAGGAAACUUGGAUAUACGCGCCAGCACCAUGCCCUUUGUUGACCUGCAGUCACGGCUCGGCAUCAACGUGGACCGCUGGCUGCUGCUGCAGAGCGGAGAGCAGCCCAACAAGCGGGCGUCCCGUUGCCACGCCUUCGAGAAAGAGUGGAUCGAGUGCGCUCAUGGCAUCGGUCAGACCCGAGCCAAGAAGGAGUGCCUGAUGGAGUUUGAGGAUUUCUAUGAGUGUAUGCACAGGCAGAAGACGCAUCAGAGGCUGUACGCCAUCCGCCAGCAGCGGGAGAAGUUGAUAAAGGAAGGGAAGUACACCCCGCCUUCCCACCACGUCGGAGAAGCUGACAAGUCUCCAUGAAGGAUCUGACCCAUCCUCAGUUUCUCUCUAAAGUCACUCAGAUAUCUUUAUUUCCUGUCCCGCUGUAAAAGUUUCCAAAUAAAUGUUAACAUCUUC